GGAAGAGCCUGGAUUUCCAAAGCCAGCUGCAAUAUAACCGCGGAUCCGCCCCUGAACUCCCGGGAGUCCCCUCCCCUCGACUCCCCCCAAACUCAAAAAGCUCGAAUAGUUUCGAUUUUGGUUCUCUUCAUCCUCACACUUACCGGUAUUCGCUGUACUCUACAGCUUGCUUUUAGGCUUCUGAAAAGAAGAGUUGUUUUCUUGAAGUGCGCACGGAGUGAGCAGGGAAAAGCGUGGAAUUGUCUUCCUGCUCCUGGUCUUUGCUCCCGGGUCAGGUGACCAUGGCAUCUGUGCCCACCAUGAAGUCCCCCAUUUGUCUGGUGGAAAACAAGAAUGAACAGCUGUCGGUGAACAGGCGAGCUACUCAGAUUCUUGAGAACAUUUCUCAGCCUGUGGUGGUGGUGGCCAUUGUAGGGCUGUAUCGUACCGGAAAAUCCUACCUGAUGAACCGUCUGGCAGGACAGAAACACGGCUUCCCUCUGGGCUCCACGGUGCAGUCUGAAACCAAGGGCAUCUGGAUGUGGUGUGUGCCCCACCCCUCCAAGCCAAACCACACCCUGGUCCUUCUGGACACUGAGGGUCUGGGGGAUGUGGAAAAGGGGGACCCCAAGAACGACUCGUGGAUCUUCGCGCUGGCCGUGCUCCUGAGCAGCUGCUUUGUCUACAACAGCAUGAGCACCAUCAACCACCAGGCCCUGGAGCAGCUGCACUAUGUGACAGAGCUCACAGAACUGAUCAGAACAAAGUCCUCCCCAAGACCUGUUGGAGAAGAAGAUUCCACAGACUUUGUGAGUUUCUUUCCAGAUUUUAUCUGGACUGUACGGGAUUUCACCCUGGAGCUGAAGUUACAGGGUCACCCUGUCACAGAAGAUGAGUACCUGGAGAAUGCCUUGAAGCUGAUUCCAGGCAGGAAUCCCAAAGUCCAGAUAUCCAAUAUGCCCAGAGAGUGCAUCAGACAUUUCUUUCCAAAACGGAAGUGUUUCAUCUUUGACCGGCCAACAAAUGACAAAGAGCUCCUGGCCCAUAUUGAGGAUGUGUCAGAAAACCAACUGGAGCCAAAAUUCCAGGAGCAAACAAAGAUUUUCUGUUCUUACAUCUUUAGCCAUGCAAGGGCCAAGACCCUCAGAGAGGGAAUCACGGUCAAUGGGAAUCGGCUGGGCACUCUGGUGGUGACCUACGUGGAUGCGAUCAACAGUGGAGCGGUGCCUUGUUUGGAGAACGCAGUGAUAACUCUGGCCCAGCGUGAGAACUCGGCGGCCGUGCAGAAGGCAGCCGACCGCUACAAGGAGCAGAUGGCCCGGAGAGUGAGGUUCCCCACAGACACGCUCCAGGAGCUGCUGGAUGUCCAUGCGGGCUGUGAGAGGGAAGCUAUUGCAGUCUUCAUGGAGCACUCCUUCAAGGAUGAAAACCAGGAGUUCCAGAAAAUGCUUGUGGAAAUCAUAAAUAAUAAAAAGGAGGAUUUCUUGCUGAAAAAUGAACAGACAUCUGUUCAAUACUGCCAGGCUAAACUGAAUCAGCUUUCAAAGGCCCUGAUGGAAAGUAUUUCGGCAGGAAUUUUCUGUGUUCCUGGAGGGCAUGAGCUCUACAUGGAAGCAAAGAAAAGGGUUGAACAGGAGUAUUGGCAAGUGCCCAGGAAAGGAGUAAAGGCAAAAGAGGUCCUCCAGAGCUUCCUGCAGGCCCAGGUGGCAAUAGAGAAAUCCAUCCUGCAAGCAGAUAAAGCCCUCACCGAUGGACAGAAGGCCAUAGCAGCGGAGCAGGCCAUGAAAGAGGCAGCUGAAAAGGAACAGGAGUUGCUGAGGCAGAAACAGAAGGAGCAGCAGCAGCAGAUGGAGGCCAAAGAGAGAAGCCUCAGGGAAAACAUAGCCCAACUGAGAGAGAAGCUGGAGAAGGAAAGAGACAGCAAUUUGAGAGAGCUGGAAAGGAUGCUGGACCAUAAGCUGAAGGUCCAAGAUGAACUGCUAAAUGAAGGAUUUAGGAGGAAGUAUGAGGAGAUGCAGGCAGAGAUAAAUCAUUUGCAAAAUAUUAUUGAUACUACUAAAAGUGAUAAUACUCCUUGGGUUGCACGAACCUUGGACAGAAUUGGCACUGAGAUAACUUCAGUGUUGUCUGCUCCUGCUCAAUUACUUGGUAAUGUUUUAAAAGGCUUUAGCUCACUAUUUAAAAAGAAUUAGCUGUCCUUUUAAGGAAAUAUAGAAUGCAGAUAUAUGCUUGUCCUGUUUUUGGCAUGUAUAAUUUUCACUUUCAUUCAUCCAAGUUUUAAACGUUAGAAGCAAGUAGUUAUCAGUAGAAUAGCAGCGCCUGACACACAUUAGAGAGAAUACAUGUUUGUUUUAUGAGUCAGUUUAAGGGAGAAGCAAACAAAUGUCAAGAAACAGGGUCAGCAAAUUCUGGCUUGUGGGCCAAAUGUGGCCUGCUACCUGUUUUGGUAUAAAAAGAUUUAUUGGAGCAUGCUAAGCCCCAUGUGUUUGUAGCUGCUUUCUAGUCACAAGGGCAGAGUUGAGUAGUUACAACCAACACUGUAUGUCUCACAAAGCCUGAAAUAUUUUCUCUCUGGCUCUUGAGAGAAAAACUUUGCUGACCCUGGUUUAGAAGACAGAAUAGAGAAACAGACCAAAUUGGCAAUAGCAAUAAAUACUUGAAAUAAACUUUUCAAGAAUGCUAAUGAUAGCCACAAAAGGAAUCAUACAAGGUGUAUGCAUUCAAGUCAGUUCACUCUUAUUCAUCUGUAAAUUCAGUGUGUCUAAGAUAAAGAGGUGAAAAUAUGUUUUUUAUGACGUUAGGCAGGCUAACUUCAUGAAGUUUAAAUGGAAAUGAUUGAAAUGCUUUAAGAACUUGACGGGAAUAUAGAAGACUAAUAAAGAUAGACCAUAUCUAACCUAUCUAAAAACCUAUCUAUAAUAGAGCUGCAGUAGUUAGACCAGUAAAGUACUGGGACACAAUGAUACAGACAAAGCAAUAAAACAGAUGAGAUAUCUGGAUGUAGAACCAAAUACUUAUAGGAAUUGUCUAUCUUAAAAGUUUCAUUUCAGAUCAGUGGAAAACUAUGACUGAGAAAUUAUCUCAGAUAAUAGCUAUCUAGAGCAAUCAGAGUCUAGAUCUUUAAUAUAACUUUAUUAUAGCAAUGUACAUUCCCAACUGAACAUAGUUUAAGAUGAAGAAUGAAACCAAACUGAGAUAUCAGAUAACUAAAAGAAAAAAUCUUCAAAUUUAGAAUUCCUUUCAAAGUAUUACCUAAACUUCAGAAGACAUAAUUUAUGCACAAAAUUACAUAAAAAUGAAAUAAAUCCUUAUGUCAAAAGCUCAAAGUCAGAAGACAAACAGCACUAUGAAAAGAUGUGUUCUACCUUUGUCACAGAAAAAGAGUCAAUUUUCUUGAGUUGAUAUCUGAGUUCCUCAAUAUAUGUGAUUAUAUUGUUCUGAGAAAAUUAAUAAAAGAUAUUCAACCUCCUCAUUAGAUGAAUGCAACUAUGAAAUAUAAUUUUUUCCUUCUCAGAUUCACAAGGAUCAAUAUAUUUGAUAGCAAAUUGUAUUAGAAAGGUGGAAAAAGCCAACUCUCACUUAGAAGUGCAAAAAUGUACAAUAUCUUUUGGAUAUUUGUCCUAAUAUUGGUUGCAUUUUAUUGUGUGUAAAAAUUGAUGUAGCAUGUUCACUUUUACGAAAUAUACAUGUGCAACAUCAUGUCUAUAUGCAAAUUGCCAAGGAAGAGUUGCUUUCAGUGGUAAAAGAUUGCAAAUUACCUAAAUGUCCAUCUACAUGGGAUUGGUGAUAUAAAUUUUAAUACAUAUCUAUAGUGGAAUAUUAUUUAGCCAGUGAGGAAAUAGACAGUGGUGCUCUAUCUGUACUAAUAUUGAACAGUAUUGACAACAUAGGUAAAGUGAAAGAAAUGAGGUGCAAAACAUUAUGGGGAAAAAAGGAAUUGUAUAUGCAACCAUAAUACAAACAUAUUGAAAAUCUCUUAAAAUUUAUGAGAACUAGUAGCAUUAGUUCCUUGGGGAAACUGGGUGGCAUCAGGGGUGGGGUGGAUACUUACUUAUCAUUAUAUACUCUAUCUUUUGACUUUUGUAAAGUGAGCUUGUAUUACCUAUUCAAAAAUAAAUAAGAAAGAAAAUGUAAAAUAUAAUACUAGCAGUGAUACAUAUAAAUGGAAUGUGAAAUUAACCAUUAGAUGAUGAAAUUGCUCAUUACUACUAGAAAUGUCAUCAGCCAGCCAAAUGAAGAGAUGAAGACUAAGAUCAUAUUACUGAAAAGCACAAUAUGUGCAUCCUAGUCUUGUUUUCAUUGCGGCUUGGUUUUUAAUUCCUUAUAUUCACUUCAAAACCAUGGUAUAAAGUUUCCUGUGACCCUUUGAAAUUUUAGUUAGCACAGCCUCUACUUUCUGUCUGUGAAUUACAGUUCUAAGGUGUUAGAAGCAGAAUUGCCAAACAAUAAGAGCAUGCAUUGGCGAGAGGGAUGCUGCUAUCUUGAAAAGUUCAUUGGUGUGGAACUGUAUACCAUAACAUUCUUUGAAAUUUGCUCUGUAACUACUUGUUAAAUUGUACUUUGAAAAUGGUCACUUUUCUUCUUACAUGCUAUAUUUCACAAUAAAA